AUGACUUUCCAACCAAAAGAUGAAUAUGUGAUAGAGUUUAUUGAAAUGCACACAAUAUUGUUCUCGAACUUAGUCAAUACGAAAGAAUUUCAAACCCUCUACGGAUGGUAUGGCUUAUUAUUGUUUACACCAUUUUUCUCCAUGAUAAUAUCUUCAAAUUUUUUAUUUCUUUUUUUUUUUUUUUGUUUUUUUUGGUUAUUCUCGAUUUCUUCAAAAAAUAUUUACACUAUACACGGAAAAUGGAAAAAAAGCGGAGUAAUAGCAAUUCCGGGAAAAUUUCUCCGUUCUUGUCCUUUUUACAUAUUCCGUAAAAUAAAUAGUUCUGGAGACUGGUACAUCCGUGCACCUACUAACUGUAAAAUAUUUACUUUUUCUUUAAUAGUUUGUAUUACUGGUUUAGGAAAAUGUUGUUAUUAUGAUAUGCCAGUUGCGCAUUUAAAUAAUGAUAAAGAUUAA